AUGUUCCUGAACCUCGUCGUUGAUCAGGCGUACGAGGAGCUCGGCGGAGGCGAGCGGAAACCCGCUGGAAUGGUCGUCAUCCGUGGCAACUCUGUCGCCUCGAUGGAGCUUCUCGAUAGCAUGCGACAGAGUGACAGGGGGAAGAAGGCAAGGAACGCGAAGGGCCAGAGUGCUCGUCAGAGGGUCGCUGGAAAGGCGGGUGAGUUUGAUAUCGUGCAAGCAGUGAACUUUGAGCUCGUCUACCAUUGUCAGUACGAUCUGCUCCUUUUUGUCGACACCGUCGAUAUUGGGAGUCAGUAUGGGAAGAGGACGAGCCGCGAGAGGGAAGUCGGCAAGAUCUGCGGGACAUCGGCUGCGCUGGGGAAGGCCAGGUUACGCGAGGUGGUCGAAUACAAGUUCCAUGUGCAGAUUCUCGGACCAUGGUCUGUUUGUGAGCCUACCAGAGUGCUGGAUCGUGCAGGUCACAGCGCUCCGGUCUCGGCGCUGCGGGGGGUGAGGCUCGGCACAGGGCAGUGGUGGGGCUUCCAGCCAGGGGAAGAUCGGCCAGGUCCGUUGCCUGCCGCCGCCAGCCAACAGCCAGGCAGAGGACCUACGCCAGCAUUCCAGCUCCGCCCGGGGGCCCCACGGCCGGCACACCACUUCAAGCUCCGGCCGAGUGACUUCCCGGCUCGUCGCCCGGCCGGCCCGUCACGAUCACUCGUCACCGUUUCCCGCCCCGCUGCUCCUCAGCAGACGGAGCGCGUCCGUAUCCCCCUCAACGACACUGCCCGCCUAGCAUCGUACGGCAUCACUGUUCGUGGAUUCCACGCCUCGCUCGCCCGCCCCGCUACCUUCCACUUCAAGCUCCACGACAUUGGAGAAGGCAUCACCGAGGUCGAGGUUAUCAAGUGGUUCGUCAACGUUGGCGACACGGUUGAGGAGUUUGACAACCUGUGUGAGGUUCAGAGCGACAAGAGUGUCGUCGAAAUCACUUCCCCGCAUUCGGGCAAGAUCCAAUCCCUGAACGCCGAGGCCGGCAAGGUCGUGAAGGUCGGCCAGACGCUGUGCGAGAUCGACGUCGAUGGCGAGGUCGAAGAUGUCGAGGUUCCCGAGCAGUCUGCGCCUGCCCCUCAGGCUCCUCCGGCGCCUAAGGAGACCGAGCCCGUUACGCGCCGCGACCCCGCCCCUGCCCCUCCUUCCCCUCCUCCCGCUCCCAAGCCGGAGCCGACCCAGUCCAACGCGGCCAAGCCCCACCGCCCCGCGCGCCCGCACCCGCUCGACGAGACCGCGGCCAGGCGUGAGGGCGGUGGCGGCUCCAAGCGCAUCGUCAAGGCUUCGCCGGCCACGAGGACGCUUGCGCACAAGCUCAACGUUGACCUGGAGUCCGUUACGCCUACUGGUGACGGCGGCCGUGUCACGAAGGAGGACGUCGAGAAGUACGCUGCUGGCGGCUCCUCCGCCCCUGCUCCUGCUGCUCGUGAGGCCGCCCCUGCCCGCGAGUCUGCCCCUGCUCCUCGCGCCGAGCCUGUCUCGCGCCAGUCUGCCCCUGCCCCCGCCCCUCAGCCGGUCUACUCCUCGCACCGUGAGAGUGGCGAGACGCACCGCAUGGAGCUUGGCCGCAACCGUAAGGCCAUGUACAAGGCCAUGGGCUCCAUGGGUUCGGUUCCUCACUUCGGCUACGUCCACAGCCUCGACCUGACCAACCUCCUCCCGCUCAUGAAGGCUGCCAACCCCGUCAAGCCGCCCAAGCCUUCGUACCUCGCGUCUGACGUGCCCUCGUCGCUUGUCCAGAACACGACGGCCGCCAACGGCGAGGAGAGGGAGAAGACGUCCAUCCUGGCCUUCCUCGUCAAAGCCAUGGCUCUCGCGCUCGACGAGCACCCCAUCAUGCGCUCUAGGAUCAAGGAGCGCGACGGCGAGCGCUGGCUCGAGGUCGCCGACGACGCGGCUAUCGGCAUCGCCGUCUCCGACCCCAAGGCGGGUCUUGUCACCCCCUCCCUCCCGCCGUUCGACCCCCGCAACAGCGUGGGCAGCAUCAACCAGGCCCUGACGCAGCUCCGCAAGACGGCCACGCGCCCCAGCGCCCCGCCAAACAUCACCAUCUCCUCCGUUGGACCCCUCGGCGAGGCGAAGAGCGCCAUGCCCGUCCUUCCCCCCGGAGGCGGUGUCGCUAUCGCUGCCGUCGGACGGGCGGCUUGGGAGAACGAGCUCGUUGCCCGGAACGGAAGGAACGGCGACGGAAAGGUCUGGGACAUGACGCCCGACGAGGUUGCCGGACUCGGAACGAAGCCGGUCCUCAAGUGCAACGUUGGAUGGAGCGGAGACCACCGCGUGCUUGAGGGAGCGGAGCUGAUUGCGUUCACGGAGACGUGGAAGCGAUACGUCGAGGAGCCGUGGCGCUGGGUCAACAUCUAG